AUGGAUGCGUCGCAGCAUCAGGUCAUCUACGCUCCUUCGAGCGAGGCCCCUCGCGGCAUCAAGUCCGUCUUCCUCGCCGGCACCACGAGCAAGGUCGACGAGACCGACUGGCGGGAGAACCUCUCGGCCUCCCUCUCCGAUCUGCCGGUCACCAUCUACAAUCCCUACCGCGCAGACUGGGACAGCACUUGGCGUGAGGACGUGACUUUUGCGCCGUUCCGCGAGCAGAUCGAGUGGGAGCUGGAGAAGCAGGACAAGGCCGAUAUUAUCGUCGUCUACUUCCAUCCAGCCACGCAGGCGCCCAUCAGUCUGACCGAGUUUGGGCUCUGCACUCGUACCCCGGGCAAGGCGAUCGUUGUCUGUCCCGAGGGGUUCUGGAAGAGGGCCAACGUGCAAAUCGUGUGCGCAAAGUAUGCCGUGGAGAUGGUGGACUCUGUCGAGGGGCUGAGGGAGGCCAUCGUGAAGAGGGUGUCAGGCCAUGGCUCGAGUCUGUGA